AUGGAAUCCCUGGAGGCGCGCUCGCGCGAUGUUCAGGAGCGGACGUUCUGUAAAUGGCUGAACACAAAACUUGAGGCGAAUGGAUACCCUCCCAUGACCUCCCUUGUCAAAGAUCUCUCCGAUGGGGUGCGGCUAAUCCAGCUGAUGGUGCGCAUCCCGAUUGUGAAAUUAUGGGUAUGCACGUCAGAAUUUCUCGUUGUCUAUGCAUCUUGCAAUUUAUGUCCGGAAGGUGAUACGUCGCUGGGUCGGUAUAACCGAAACCCCCGGAUGCGCGUGCAGAAGGCAGAGAAUGUAAACAAAGCUCUCGAAUUCAUCACGUCGAGAGGCGUUAAACUGACGAACAUUGGUCCGGAAGACAUCAUCGAUGGGAACCUGAAACUCAUCCUUGGGAUGAUUUGGACUCUUAUUUUGCGUUUUACCAUCGCCGACAUCAGCGAAGAGGGUCUUUCCGCAAAGGAAGGUUUACUUCUUUGGUGUCAGCGUAAAACUGCGCCGUACAAGGAGGUUGAUGUGCAGGACUUCUCGCUGAGUUGGUCCGAUGGCCUCGCAUUAUGCGCCCUCAUACACUGCCACCGUCCGGAUUUGAUCGACUAUGACAAAUUGGAUAAGACAGAUCGCCACGGGAAUACUCGUCUGGCGUUUCAAGUUGCAGCAGACCACCUUGGCAUUCCUCAACUACUGGAGGUCGCAGAUCUCUGUGACGUCGCCCGGCCGGAUGAACGCAGUGUCAUGACUUACAUCGCGAGUUUCUUCCACGCAUUCUCGUCAAUGGAUCAGGCGGAAACUGUAUCACGGCGAGUGGAGAAGUUUGCUGAACUCAUGCAUUCGGUAUGGCUCAGUAAGAAUGACUUCGAGCGCCGAGUCCGCGAACUCCUCGCAGCAAUGUUGGAGAUUCAGACCCGUUGGUCCGCGGUGCAAUUUAUCGGCUCGUACACUGACGCCAAGGAACACUCGGCUCAGUUCACCACGUACAAACAGAGCACGAAACGCCGGUGGGUCACCGAGAGGCAGGACGUAACCACGCUCUUCGGUAAUGUGCAGACCAAGCUGAGGACGUACGGCCUCCGAGAAUACGUGCCCCCACCAGGUCUCGCGUUAGCGGAUCUUGACUCUGCUUGGAAUGCAUUGUUGAUAUCGGAAGCUAACCGCUCUCGAGCGAUCAAUGCGGAGAUCCGAAAAAUCAAGGAGACGCUCCGCAAGAAGUUCGCCGACCUUGCUAACAACUUCGAGAAGCGACUACGAGCUAUAUCAUCCGAGCUUGCGGGUAUCGAAGGGACUCUUGAAAACCAGCAACAGCAGGUGGAACAACUACGGACGCGGCUUCCAGCUCUCUCGGACACCCUUGGAACAGUUAUGAGCGCGGAGGACGAGUGCCGAGCAGCGAAUGUGGACGAGAACGAUUACACUGUGUUCACAUGUCAGGACCUCGAGUUCGAAUUGGAGUUGCUGGAACAGAGUAUCUUGAAGAAGAUUGCAUUUAUAGACAACCAAAUUGUGUCACGGAACAUGACCAACCUGACGCCGGCGCAAUUGGAGCAGUUCGAGAGCACGUUCCGUUACUUCGACAAGGACCAGUCUAACACGCUGAAUGAGUUUGAGUCGGCUGCCGCAUUAGCUAGUCUCGGUAUCGUAUAUUCCGACGAGGACCUGUAUAUCAUUUAUGAUCAACUUGUGCAAGACUACGGCGCUGUUACGUUUGAGGCAUUCAUUAACCUCUUGGUGGAGAUCACUGAAGACCAGACAUCCCCUGAACAGCUGCGCGAGGCGUUCCGCGGCAUCGCCGCAGAUAAGCCAUUCGUCACUGAGUUGGACCUGCGGGUGGCCCAGCUACCGGCGGCCGCAGUCGAGUAUCUGCGGGAGGCGAUGCCGGCUGCGCAGAACGGGACCGGCGAACCUGAAUAUGAUUAUGAAGCCUGGUUGGAUGCGGCCUCGCAAUCCGGUGUCGCCGUUAGCCCCGCAUGCCUCACAGCGUACCAGAACCUGAAGCUGGGCAAGAAGAUCAAGUACAUCAUAUUCACACUCAGCCCAGACCACACAGAGAUCAUAGUCGAGAAGGAGUCGCAGUCGACCAACUACGACGACUUUCUCGGCGACUUGCCUGAGGUUGAGCCCCGCUGGGCCGUGUACGACUUUGAGUUCGAGAAGGAGGGUGCGGGCAAAAGGAACAAGAUUACGUUCUAUUCCUGGUCGCCCGAUGACUCGAAGAUCAAGCAGAAGAUGCUGUUCGCCUCAUCAAAGGAUGCCUUGCGACGCUCUCUGGUAGGCAUUGCGGUGGAAAUUCAGGGUACGGACUACAGCGAAGUCGCGUACGAAAGUGUGCUGGAUAAGGUGUCUCGAGGAGCCUGAAUGUCACUGUACGUCAGACUAUCCCUACACUACCCAGGCUCGGUCUGCUUCCUUCCGGUUUGUCGCGUACCGCUGGGCUCCGGAUAACCUCUAUCUCGAUGGCGAACUGAAGAAAGCUGUAGAGCUGCAGAUAAUUGAACCGCUCGUGUAGCAUCAACUUCAAUGAUUUUUUCUCCUGUCUUCGGACAUUCUUUCUGCUGCAUUGACCAUUCAUGGUCAAUUGAGAGCCGAAACUA